CGAUAAAGGAAAGGGCCCCUCCUAAAAAACUCCAAUCUCAUCUUUCCAACAUCCGCGGAACACAAACCCUAAUCGACGACGAUGAUGCUCAGGCAAGCUGCGAAGAAGGCUCUAGGCCUCACGUCACGCCAAUCGACCCCGUGGUCCGUUGGUAUCUCCCGAUCCUACCACGAGAACGUCAUCGACCACUACGACAACCCCCGCAACGUCGGGUCUUUCGACAAGAACGAUCCCAGCAUCGGCACGGGCCUCGUCGGAGCUCCCGCGUGCGGUGAUGUGAUGAAGCUUCAGAUCAAGGUCGAUGAGAAGACCGGUCAGAUCGUCGAUGCUCGCUUCAAGACCUUUGGUUGUGGCUCCGCUAUCGCCUCUUCAUCUGUCGCCACUGAAUGGGUGAAAGGCAAAGCUAUGGAGGAAGUCCUGACCAUCAAGAACACUGAGAUUGCGAAGCAUCUUUCUCUCCCACCAGUGAAGCUCCAUUGCAGUAUGUUGGCGGAGGACGCCAUCAAGGCAGCUGUGAAAGACUACAAGGAGAAGCGUUUGAAGACAAACGGUGUUGGAGAAAGCUCACAGGCUUGAUUUCCUUUUGAUCAUGUUUAUACCAUAAUGUGUAUAUGAUGGUGAAAACAGGGGAGGUGUAGAAGAGGAUUACGUACAACCUAUAUGGUAUGUUCUCUUAAGUUUGAAGUUUAAGAAGUAUUUUGAAUAAACUCUGUUGGACAGAAAACUAUCCGAGAAGAAUGAUUUCCUUUUGAUGUUUUAUGUUUUGUAAUGACUUCUUUUUUUCUUUGGGAGAUUUAUAUCUAUUAAAGACCAGUCAAUAAUC